UAAACCUCUUUUGGUGACCAAAGUUGAUCCCCUGUUGAUACUAUCAGAACUAUAGAGUAGGCAAUCGCCUGAGGGCAGUCGUAUGUGAAAGUGCUACACUGAUAAAAUACCACGAUGGAAGAAUUUUGAGUCGAAUGGUGGGAGAACUUGCUCUUUAAAAUCUUCGGCUGUGUAAAGAAGAGAAAAACAAGUUUUCUCUGGAACCACUAUGGUCCUGUACUGUCUUGGAUUGUAAUACGUAAAACUCUGAAGACGAAUAACCAUUGCAAGAUGUCUGGAAGAUUAUUAAGGAAUGCUGUUUUAGCUGACGAGGAGAAUGAUCUUUUCCCGGCCAGUUUACUAGAUCGUCUCCCGAAUCAACGACAGGAAAAUGGACUCCUGGUAAGACCCCUCAGAUGCACUGAUUACGAUAAAGGGUUUAUCCAGUUACUGAGCCAAUUAACUGAUGUUGGACCUAUCGGGAGAGAUCAGUUUUUAAGCAGAUUUUAUAGCAUGAAAUCCGUUGGGGGUUACUACGUCGUUGUAGUCGAGGAUUUAGAUCUUGAAAAAGUAAUCGGCAGCUCAACUCUAGUCGUGGAACAAAAAUUCAUCCACAAUUGCGCACUCAAAGGAAGACUGGAAGAUGUGGUCGUGAACACAUCCUACAGAGGCAAACAGCUUGGAAAAUUGUUAGUAACAACAAUAGCUCAGCUAGCGAAACGUCUACAGUGUUACAAAUUAUCUCUGGACUGUCGUGAUCCCUUAAUUCCAUUUUACGAGAGUUUGGGCUUCAGACGAGAGCCAGGAAAUGCUAAUGCUAUGAACAUAAGAAUUGAGACUGCCACUGAACAAUCUCGAUUAUGAGUUCCAGCAUAUUAUUAUGCUGGAAAUUCUGUAGUCUUCAGGUCCUGAUAUAGUGUAUAUUACUGAGGAGACUGGGACUUAAAGACUAUCUAUCGAAUGGGAUAUAAACGUGUAUAAGCAAAGUCCUGGACAUAUCCCGUUCAGCGAGAUUCUCCCAAGUGGCAAGAAAGAAGAUCCAUGAGAGUAGAUCUGAAGACACAUCCACUAGGCUUCCCAUAAUAUAACUUGUUGAGUGCAAACUGUCAGUACGCCUUCCAUCCUUUCUAAAAAGCUUUGGAAAUUUUAAAGAAAUUUUUAAUGAUGUUUACACAUGGAAAUCUUUAUUCAAUAAUAAUAAUAAUCCAUUAAUUGCA